AUGACUUCCGAACCAAAAGUCCCUGCCCCUCCAUCCUUUGCAAAUCUUACUCCUGAUGGGGUACUAGCCGAGACCGAAAACAUCCUUACCUCUACCUCAGCUCUGCAUGACGAUCUCGCCGCUAAAUUCACACCCUCGACUGCAACCUUCAACAAUAUUAUCCGCCCCAUCGUGGAUGACACCAACCGCGCCGCAUGUCGCCUGCGAAUUCUGACGACGCUCCUCGGACAGUUAUCGCCCGACAGGGAACUCCGUGAUGCCGCCCGUCAAGCAGAAACACGUGGCGCCGCAGCUCAGGUUAAGAUCCUAAUGCGACAUGAUAUUGCAUCCCUAGUGGGAGCGAUAUACGAAAGAGAAAAGACGGCGCCGGAUGGGAACUUGGAUGGACAAGAUCGUCAUUUGCUUGCUCGCAUUCACGGCGAGUAUCUACGUUCUGGGUCGUUUUUACGAAGCCACAAAGAGCGGGAGGAGCUCCAGGCCACUCUGGAUGAGAUUGAUCGGGUGCGAUCUGCCACACAAACUGCCUUCACGGAAGACGAGGGUGGUAUCUGGUUUGACCGUGCAGAUUUGGCGGGUGUUCCAGAGACUAUGCUUGCAUCCAUGCCCCAGGAGGGAACUCAAGUACAAGUGACGUUCCGAAAUACUCAUGUCACGGCCGUGAUGCGUCACGCAGUCAGCAGUGACACUCGUCGCCGGUUCGCCGUUGCUGACCAGAACCGACUCCCCGAUAAUGUAACCCGCCUAGCUUCUCUAGUCGCCUUGCGUGAUGAGGUUGCCCGUCUCUUGAGGUAUGAACAUCAUGCGGCUCUCAAGAUCGUGGACAAGAUGGCUCCAAGCGUUGACUAUGUUGAGGCGCAGUUGAAUGAUCUCCACAGAAGGUUAAAGCCCCUUGCUAAGGCCGAGACUGAUAGAUUGAUUCAACUGAAGCAAAGGGACUGUAAAGAGCCUGUCAAUGAAUUAUAUUCUUGGGAUAGGGCGUAUUAUCUCCAUAAGCAAACCCAGAGCAAUUUCUUUGUGGAUCAUGAGCUCCUUGCUGAGUACUUUGAGGUCAAUCAUACUCUUCAAGGGAUGCUUGAUGUGUUUAAAGAGCUCUUCGGCAUCGAAUUCCAGCCUAUCGUGACUUCAGUAUGGCACGAGAGUGUCGUGGCAUAUGAAGCAUGGGACACCCCAAGUGAGGGAGGCGAGUUCUUGGGGCACUUAUACGUAGAUCUCUUUGACAGAGAGGCUUCGCUCACCCGUCGCAAUCUCGUCCGGCACUACUCCAGCACAGCGAAGUAA